UAAACUUUUUAAAAGAAGUUCUUCUGUCUUGGAUCAAAUUUAAUGUCUUAUUUGAUUAAUUUGAUGUAAAUUUAAUUUUUAAUUUUUCUGCAUUAUUAUGAACAGUAAUGAUAUAAUUAAUUUAUAGGUCACAAUUUAAUUAUUAGUUGAUUAUUCUCUUUAUUAUAAUACCUUUUAAUAAUUAUUAUAGAAAUGACAAUCGUACAAGCAGUGAACACUAGGAAUCUAGAAUUAAAAGUGAUCGAUAAGAGGUAGGAAAAGUAAUAUGGCGACUAGUGUCGUGGUUCGGAAGGUCCGUGUAACCUUGUUGACAGGGCAUAAGCUCGUCUGGGAUGGGGUAAAUAUGUGAAUAAGUGGAAAUUUUAUCUUUUUUUUAAUGCUUAAAUUAAGUGAUUCUUCUUCGUACGUUUGUUCCAACGUAUAAUAAUGGCUAGUGAUAAAAUUCGAGUGGCUGUUCGAGUCCGGCCUUUUAACCGCCGAGAACUCGAACUCGGUACACAAUGCGUUGUCGAGAUGGAAGGUGGACAAACGAUUCUUCACCAGCCAGCUGGCCUCGACAAACUUGACAGGAAACCAGCUAAGACAUUUGCAUUCGACCAUUGUUUCAAUUCCGCUGACCCUAACAGCCCGGAUUAUGCAAACCAAGAAACUGUGUUUGGAUUCCUCGGGACUGACAUUUUGGACAAUGCCUUUCAAGGAUACAAUGCCUGUAUCUUUGCCUACGGACAGACAGGUUCUGGAAAGUCAUAUACAAUGAUGGGGAGUCAGGAUAACAAAGGUAUUAUACCAAGGCUAUGCGAUUCCCUAUUCGAUAGGAUCGCUAAGUGCCAAUCAUCGGAACAAUCAUAUAAAGUUGAAGUUAGUUACAUGGAAAUAUACAACGAAAAGGUGCACGAUCUUCUAGACCCUAAACCAAAUAAACAAUCGCUCAAGGUUAGAGAACAUGGUGUUCUUGGACCUUAUGUAGAUGGCCUCUCGCAGCUUGCCGUCUCUUCAUUUAAGGAUAUUGACAAUCUUAUGGCUGAAGGCAACAAAUCAAGAACUGUUGCCGCGACAAACAUGAACUCGGAAUCGUCUCGUUCACAUGCUGUUUUCUCUGUUGUCCUAACGCAGACACUCAAUGACCCCGGUUCUGGAGUGAGCGGGGAACGUGUGUCAAGAAUGUCCCUGGUAGAUCUUGCAGGUAGUGAAAGAGCGGCGAAAACAGGAGCGGUCGGGGACCGGCUUAAAGAGGGUUCCAACAUUAACAAAUCUCUUACAACUCUAGGACUUGUGAUAUCAAAAUUAGCUGAUCAGUCAUCAAAUGGAAAAAAUAAGGAUAAAUUUGUACCAUAUCGAGAUUCGGUGCUUACGUGGUUGUUAAAGGACAAUCUCGGGGGAAACUCAAAGACUGUAAUGGUUGCCACUGUUUCACCAGCAGCUGAUAAUUUUGAAGAAACUCUAUCCACAUUGAGGUAUGCAGAUCGAGCGAAGAGGAUUGUCAACCACGCCGUUGUCAAUGAAGACCCUAACGCUCGUAUCAUUCGAGAGCUAAGGCAAGAGGUCGAGACACUCAAAGAGAUGCUCAAGUACGCUACUGGCUCAAAUUCUACUCCCCUGGAUUUACAUGAAAAACUGACGGAAAGUGAAAAGUUGAUGAGAGCCAUGUCAACUACAUGGGAAGAAAAAUUAAUAAAAACAGAACAAAUUCAGCAUGAGAGACAUGAAGCGCUUGAGAAUAUGGGAAUAUCCGUACAAGCUUCAGGAAUCAAAGUUGAAAAGAAUAAAUUUUAUCUUGUCAACUUGAACGCUGACCCCAGUCUCAAUGAACUUCUCGUCUAUUAUCUCAAAGAGAGAACUCUCGUUGGUGCUCGAGGUGCUCCUGUUUCCCAAGAUAUACAGCUGUCGGGAUUAGGUAUUCAAGCAGAGCAUUGCGUUUUGACGAUAGAAGACACAAAACUAUACAUGAUUCCUAUAGCUGGAGCUAGAUGUUUCGUCAACGGUGCACCCGUUUUUGAAAAGACUCUGCUUCACAAUGGUGACAGGCUACUUUGGGGAAAUCACCAUUUCUUCAGAGUUAAUUGUCCGAAAUCACAAGGAGUAUCAACAUGCAGUGAACCGCAGACACCUGCUCAGACAAUUGAUUAUAAUUUUGCCAGAGAAGAAUUGAUGUUGAAAGAAUUGUCCAACGAUCCACUUCAGGCUGCCAUUGCUAAAAUCGAAAGGCAACACGAAGAAGACAAACAAGUGGCGUUGGAACGGCAAAGGCAAGAAUAUGAAAGGCAGUUUCAGCAUCUACGAAAUAUUUUGUCACCGUCUACACCUUAUCUUCCUUUCGACCCAUUCAGAACUGGAAAACUAACACCUUCUACGCCAACUACGUUAAUGAGAGUGGAAAAAUGGGCAAAAGAAAGGGAUGAUAUGUUUCGGCGGAGCUUAGUUAAACUAAAACAAGACAUUGUUAAAGCCAAUGUUCUUGUUAAUGAAGCGAAUUUUCUUGCCGAAGAAAUUGGAAAGCAGACAAAAUUUAGUGUUACUCUUCAAAUACCACCGGCCAAUUUGAGUCCUAAUAGAAAGGUAUAUUCUUCUCUGUAUAGACAGAAAGGUACUUUUGUUAGUGAGCCUGCCAUUUUAGUUAAGAGGGCCGGAGUUGGAAGUCAAGUAUGGUCUAUGGAAAAACUAGAAAACAAGCUUGUAGACAUGAGGGACAUGUAUGAAGAGAGGAAAGAAACAGGAAUCAUCAUAGAACCGGAUGAGAAUCCAGCAAAAGUAGUUGAUCCGUUCUAUGAAAGUCAGGAAAAUCAUAACCUGAUUGGAGUCGCAAACAUUUUCCUUGAAGUCCUAUCGGAGGAUGUUACUCUUGACUAUCAUACUCCCAUUAUCAGCCAGCAAGGAGAUGUAGCUGGGCGACUUCAGGUUGAAAUCAAAAGGAUUGCCGGAAAACUUCCUGAAGACAGGAUGUGCGAGUCUGGUUCAGAAAGUUCUGGUGAUUCUGGCAAAGACGAUAUGGAUUCACAAUUUACAUCUUCAAUUACUAUCAGGGUCACCAUUAAACAUGCCUCUGGACUUCCUCCAUCAUUAUCUAAUUUUGUAUUUUGUCAAUACACAUUGUGGACCCAUCCAGAUAACAUUGUCGUCCCUCCUAAGAUGAAUCCUGACCAGGCACCGUCUAUGCAAGGGACAGAUUCGAUGACCUUCACCUUCGAUCAUACCAAGGAAUUUACAUUUCCGGUGACCGAAGAGUUUGUCGAACACUGUGCAGAGGGCGCGCUGAGUAUAGAAGUGUGGGGUCAUAGAAGCGCUGGAUUCACUCAGGCCAAGCCAGGCUGGGAAGUGGAACAGCAACAACUUGCCAAAGCUCGAUCUCUUGCUGACAGGUGGAGUGAAUUGAGUAGAAAAAUUGAAUUAUGGGUAGAAAUAGAAGAACUGAACGACGCAGGCGAUUAUUCUAGUGUUGAAGUAUCCCCUUCAAGAGAAGUACUUACUGGAGGCGUAUAUCAGCUGAGACAAGGUCAGCAGAGGCGAGUGAGGGUGAAAGUCAGCCCAGUGAUACAAUCAGGAACACUUCCCAUCAUCUGCCAGGAGAUCACCAACAUAGCGCUUGGCAGUGUGUCCGCUCGGUCUCGGUUGCAGAAACCACUCGAUUCUUAUCAAGAAGAUGAUUUGAAUAGGCUGAGGGACAAGUGGAGUGAGGCCCUCAUGAGGAGACGAAAUUACCUUGACCAACAGAUACAAAGGCUAAUUAACAAACAAGGCAAAAGUGAAAGUGACUGCGAGAGAGAACAAAGCCUUGUCGAGCAGUGGGUGAGCCUAACAGAGGAGAGAAAUGCCGUGAUGGUUCCUGCGGCAGGCUCUGGUAUACCCGGCGCCCCUGCCGAUUGGAUACCUCCGCCCGGGAUGGAACCACACAUUCCGGUUCUUUUCUUAGAUCUCAAUGCUGAGGAUCUUUCGGCCAAUAAAUGGUCAGGGGAAGGAUUAGAGCUCCCAAUAGCCGGUCUCAAUUCUAUUUUACCGAAGGAACUUGGCAAAAAUUUUCAUUCUCUCCCUAUAGUCAAACAUUGCGAGAAGGAAGUUUGUGCGAUAGCUACUUGGGAUUCUUCAGUGCAUAACUCCAUUCAUCUUAACAGACUCACAGAUGGCAAUGAAAGGGUAUAUUUGAUUUUGCGAACUACUGUGAGGUUGUCUCAUCCAGCACCGAUGGAUGUCGUUCUGAGGAAACGUUUAUGCUUGAAUAUUUAUAAACGACAGAGCAUAACAGACAGGAUCAGAAGGAAAAUUGUGAGAUCGGAUGGUCUUUCUUCAACAGGUGUAACGUACGAAGUUGUCUCCAACAUUCCAAAGGCUAGUGAAGAACUGGAAGAACGAGAGUCACUGGCUCAGAUUGCUGCAUCUGGUGAAGAUGCAUCAUUGAGUGAUGGAGAAACGUACAUAGAAAAGUAUACAAGAGGAGUGAGCGCUGUUGAAGACAUCCUUACACUGGAUCGGUUGAGGCAGAGAGUUGCGGUUAGAGAAAUCCUCCAACACAAGGGUGUUCCGCUGACUAUGAGAAAGACUUGCUCCGUACCAAACUUCUCUCAGUUAAUGAGAUUAGAUGGAAGUAGUGAUGGAGUGUCUCGCUCAGAAAGUGUUACUGAUCUCAAUAAAGAGCUCCGUGGUGAACUCUCAAGGCCUAGGAAAUCUCUUCCGGACGCCACCGACAUGCCAUCUAAACAAUUUGCCAUUGCAUCACCGAACACUAAACUUGGCCUAAGGAUGACCACCCUACAUGAGGAACAUUCCCGUAACUUCCCAUUAAGUGAAGAGGGUUUGAUAGAGGAAGAAGAAGAGGGAGGAGAGGAAGAAAGGGAACCUGUCAGAAGAUUUUCCGAGUUUGAAUCAUUUCAGGAUUCUGAAAGAUCAAAGCAACACGUUAGAAGUUCACUUCCAAGUUCAAGAACAUUGGAUUCUCUCGUUGAACUUCAAUCAACAAAAGGAGGAACUCCAAGUACAAGUUCAAGUGGUUAUGGAUCUCAAGCAGUUUCUUCUAGCAAUCUCACAAGCGAUGACUGCCUCUCGUUGAGAUCUAUGGACACUCCAGAUGACGGGAAGCAUUCUUGCCCCUCAGAAGAGACCAAGGUUCCUCCUCAAACUCCAAUUGUCAAAGAUGAAUUUUCCAGUCAAGCUAAUCAUGAUAACCAAAGUUCAGAGAAUGAACCUCCUGCUUUGACUCCUGGCAAAGUUGUAAGGAGGAGGAAGAACAGCACCGGUACUGUUAGGAAUAAUAGUAACAGAGCUUCUUUCCCCCAAGCACGAGGGCCGCUUUCCGAAAGUAAAGCAGCGCUUAGGCUCGAGAGGAAGUUAUCUGAAUUAUCCAAUGGUAACGAGAGCAUAUCAUCUUCGGGCGGCAACACUGAAGAUGAAACUGAAACUGUGAAGGAAGCUCCUCUCCCUGAAUGGGUCUGCCUCGGAGAAAGUGUGCAGAUUAGGCCUUACAACUCAACAGGUGUGAUAGCCUACAUAGGCCCGACUUCCUUCGCCACUGGUACCUGGGUUGGAGUUGAUCUCGAUGCCCCUAUAGGUAAAAAUGAUGGAAGUGUCGAAGGAGUUAAGUAUUUUGAGUCGAGGCCAAAGCAUGGCAUCUUUGUUCGUGCAGACAAACUCAUUCGAGACCGAAGAGGAAGAGCUAUGAGGGAUCAGAAACCUUCUAAAGAAAACACCACUCUUCAUCGAUCCCGAAGCAGGGGAGAAGGUCUUAGCAGCGUUGGGAAGACAGCUGGUCGUGUCAUCGGGAAGUAAUAAUCUUUUAUCAAUAUUUCUCUUUUCGCUUCUGUCAGCUUAUUUCCACAGGACUGGUUUAUUUCCACCUCUAUGGCUGUGUCAUUCCAGAGUAAAAAAAAAAUAAAAAGAAGAAAUUAAAAAAAAAAAUGAAAAAGAAAGUUAAAAUUAUUGUAUUAUGCGCAUGGGGGCCCAUGCCUAUUUUCAUAUAUCUAAGAUAAAUAUAAAUAGUUUAUUGAUAAAGAACGUUAAUGUUUGUUCAAAUGUUGAUUUACAGCCUUAUUCUAUGUAUCAUGACAUGAAGGGUAUGUCAAGUACUUACUGUAUUUAUGUAAUAAAUUUGCAAUGUACGAUAUCUGUGACUGUAAGGCUGAACGAGAUGAAAUUGUGCCAACUUUCAUUGGAGGUUGUGCAAUACCGGCCGUGGCUAAGCCAUUCUAAAUAAACCAGUCAUUAUUAUAUAUCGAGAUAAACCCCUCUCUUUUAGUGUUUUUAAAAUGAAAUAAUGGAAGCGUAUAGCUCUUGCCAGAUUUGUUAUUAAUUUAAUGUUAGCUAGCUUUAGCAAACCCGUGAUCCGUUAUUUAGACUAUCAUAUUUUGUUUUAUUGCACAUUAAUUUAUCCAAUGCUCACCGCAGGUUGUUUUAAUAUAUAAAAUAAAAAAUAUAAAGUUAAUUUUCAAUUGUUACGGUACAGAUAUCACAUGCUUGCUACUCAAGAGGUUUUGUUACAUAUAUAUUUUUGUUAUAUGUAUGCUGUGUCGACUUAAAUAGAUUAAGAGAUUAUGAACUUUUUUUUUUUUUUAUUGUUUUUUAUUAUUUCUAAGACUACGGGUAAAAGAAAAAAAAUGACAAAACCUCUCAUACCGUCGAUGGCAUAUCAAUUUCAAAUUUUAAAUUAAUGUACAUUCUUCACAAAGUCUACAGAUAUUUAUAUUUUUUAACAAUAUAUUUAUAAAGUGUUAAAUUUUUAAUAUAUACUUUGCAAAGAAAUAUUAAAAUUCAAUUUCAAGAUAAUGCUUGGCAUUAAUUUUUUUUUUUCUUUUUGUAGAUAAAAUGACUUUUUGGGUAUGUGCAAUAAUAUUAGUAAGGGUAGCUAUGAUCUUACUACUUAAACCUAAAGUGUAAGGCUUUUAUGUCGUUAAAUAAGAGGUGAGAUGGAACAUGUACUUAUUGUUAGGAAAAAUGCCUAAUUUAAAAAUAAUUUAUAAAAAAUAGCUGUAUGAGAGACUUUGUCAUAUUUACCCAAAAUUCCAUUUUGCCUCCUUAUUUAAAUUUUCUCUGUUGUAAUAUAAAUUAAGCAUUAUACAAAAAAAGAAUUAAAAAAUAAUAUUUAUAGUCUUUUCAAUUGAACGGCAUUAAUGGUUGUAUUUUCAAUCCUCUUAUAUGUAAUAUAUUGUAUUAUAUUUAGAAAAUCAUUUAUUAUAUUGUAAUUAUCAUUUAUAAGUAUUUAAGAAGAGCGUAUAAAAAAAAAUUAUUAUUAAAAAAAAAAAGCACAAGAAUUAUUGUAUUAUAUGUGAAAAUGCUAAAAUCCCUUACAAAAAAAAAAAAGGAAAAAACAAAACUAAAAAAAACAUAGUGAAAUACCAAACCCUUAUUUCAUUUUAGCCAAAAUCCCAGUUCGCUUUAUGUGUUUGUAUCUCGAGUGAGAUUCUUAUUUGUGAUAAUUAAAUUCGCCAUCCAAGUUUAACAAUAAUUGUAUAUGUUAAAAAAAAAAUAAUAAAAGAAAAGAAAAAAAAUCCAUUAUUCCAUCCUAUGAAAUGUCCAAAAUUAUCAAUUUCACUAUAUCACUGUCCAGUCAUGUAUUAUAACCAAAAUGCUGGUUAUGGAGAUUUUAUGAACAAAAUGAAUUAGAUCGACCACUCAGUGUUUGAACUUAACAUCUAAAUUACAUAUAAAUGGUUGAAGCAAAAUUUGUUCUGAGUUAUUAUAAUUUUAGAAAUAAUAUUCUGCUCUGGUGUUGUGAAUAUUUCAUUGAGAUAAUCUUAUAAGCUUAGGCUUAUAACAAUGGUUGAUGAUUAAGGUUGAAGUAAAACUAUUUAACUUGAAAUAAUGGAAAAUUUUAAAUUUAUCGCUUUUUCCCCUAGUGGAAAAAAGUGAAGCUAUACCCGUCCCUUUCAGAUGUCCAAUUUUAAGACUUUUUUCUGAUUGUUAAUCUCACACAUAAUGUUAACAAGAAACAACUCAAUUUUAAUCAUGAUUUUUUUUGCAAUUGAAAAAUAUAUCUAUCAGUAAUUCUGUAAUCAGCAUUUUGAUUUAAGUAUCCUCUUGUCCAUGAUGUUCUAUGUCCAUACACUGCAUAGCGUUAAAUGAAUUUUUAAUAAGAAAGCAAAAGGGAUUGUGUUAGGGGGAAUUAAUAGUAUAGUUUUAUAGAAAUGAGAGUGCUUGAAUAUUGUUACCAUAGCUAUUAAUUCAAUUGUAAUUUUUGUGUGAUUUUAGUUAAUUGUUCAUCUGUUUUAAUUAUAUAUGUGAUUUUAUUUUUAUGAUGAGGAAAAUUUACAAGCGUGGAGAUAUAAUUAUGAAACGGUUGGAUAUUAUUAACUUGUUAUUCUAAUUUUAAAAUUGUUAUCUUAAGAUCAUUUAUUUGUUUUGUUUUUUUAAUUACACAAUUUUUUCUUGCCAUAUGAAAAGUUUUAAAGCCUUUUAGGUUUUAUGUUUUCUUUUUUAUAGUACUUUAUUUUUAGUGUAAUGAAACCUCAAUUAACUGUCUCCAAAAAGCGAUGAGAACAACCUUAAGAAAACUUGAAACAUUUAUACUUAUACAAUCAAACCUGUUGGAUUGUUACUAUGUUGGUUCCAUAUAUAGAAAUUUUGCAAUUUCUCAUCCUUAUCAUACACAGAUUAAUUACAGUUAUUUUACUUACUUUUUUAAGAGUUAAAGUAGUAUCUAAAGGCAAGUUUUAGGGUACACAUCUUAUAUUCCAUUAUUAUUGCUUCAUAAUAUUUUUUUAAAGAUUUAAAUAAUUCCUAAUCUCCAUUCACAACUUUAAACAAUUAUAAUAAUGGAUUCAUUUGAGUGAAUUAUGAAUAAGUUACUUGUUAUAAUUUCAUUUUUUUUUUUUUAGAAGUCAUGUCCUACCAUUUCAACAUCAAAACCCGACUUUCCAUUCCUUUGUGAAACUAUAACAUUUUUUUUAUGGUAAUUAAGUUUUAUAAGCAACUGAGGUUCGAUUAUUAGUUAGAACUUACAAGUCCACCACUGAACAAAAAAUUAAUGACAAUUUCUAUAAGUUUCAAACGAGUAUAUUUUUUGUUUUUAGAUCUAUAUUUUGUAUCUGAAAUAUUUUAUCUGAAAAACUUUAAUUUCACCCUUUUUCUGCUUGCUUGCCUCUGGUAGAGUUUUUAUAGCAAGUUAAAAAUAUGGAUGAGAGUAGAAUAUUCUUUUGUUUAAAAAUUAUCGAUAUAGUAUUAUUAUUGGAAGGUGGUUUUUUAUAUAAAUUUGAACCUCCUUUUUUUGUAGUUUGUCUUAUUAAUCAGAUGCUGGUUAAUUGAGGUUUUGCUGUAGUCCCUUAUUUGUAUUAAAUAUUUUUUUUUUUUAUGUCCGUCCAGUCAAGCAUUUUAAUUUUUUUUUUUAAAAUACACAUCAUUUUUGGGCCAUUAAUGAUCUUCGCCCUUUGGUGACAGAUUAAGUGUAUCGAAUUUAAACACAUUAUAUCAUAUUUUCUUGUACUUAAAACAAGUCCCUCCUAAGUAUUAGUUGUAUUAUUGUACUUAAUCUCAUUAAAAGUAUUGGGGUUUUUAAUGCAUGAGGUUUUUAUCAAUUCUGUAAUCAGAGGCCCUUAUGAAAUUUUUUUAAACAUUUUAUUUCUCCUUUAUUAAUGAAAUUAGUAUUUUUUCUCAUUGUAAUUUUCAUUUUAUCAGAACUUGCUCAACAUCACCCAUUCAUGUUUUGUUUUUUUAAAACUAUAAGCAAUAAAUGCACAAAUUUAUUUUUAUUUUUGUUAUUUUUAUCAUUAUUUAUUUUCUAUUAGUUCAUAUUAUAUAUAUUGUGUAUAUUUCCUCGGAUGUCUUCAUUACAUAAAGUCACCCGAAAUAUUUUUAAGUUUUUGUAAAAAAAAAAAAUGAAGAAGUGACCUUACAAAGGGUACAAUUAAUUGGUAUUCCACGAGCAUGUGUAUUAGUUAAUUAAUAUUAUGUAAAAAAAAAUAAUCAUAAAAGAAUUUAAUGUUUAACUUUACAUUCCAGACAGAAAAUAUUAAAAUGUAUUUAAUUUUAUGAAGAAAAAAAAAUAAAUUGUAAAUUUUGUAGAAAUAUGGUUUUGUAUAUUUGAUUGAGAUUGAGGAAGGUUGUGAUAAAAACUGAGGUUAUGCACUGGUUGUGGGAGUGUUAAGAGAAUGUAUUUGUUUCAUGUUACUCAAACCCCAGUCAUGUUUAUGUCGACGGUACUUGCAGUCAUGUAUACGUCAACAGUAAAUUACGUUUGUCCCAAUGGAGUAAAUACCUUAACAUUGAUUAGACUAGUCAUUCGUCUUAAAAUGGACUGUGAGCGUGCUAUCUGUUAUAUUCUUGUGCUAUAAAGUUGAUGAAAAGGAAUUUUUAUUGCCAAACUCAGAGGCAUUUAUGUACAUUUUUGAUGUCUGGUAAUAAACUAUAUAAAUUUU